UUGGCUGGCGAACGUCUGCUUGAACUUUUUUCCAAUUCGUAUUUCUACACGCCAUGUCUGAUUCAGCCAACGAGCCUAUCUUUGUUGAUAUCGGUGACAGCUCUCGCCCCUCCGAAAUCGAAAGCUUGUGCAUGCAAUGUCAUGAAAAUGGCACCACUAGACUUUUGUUGACCAAGAUUCCUCACUUCAAGGAAGUCAUUGUCAUGGCCUUUGAGUGCCCUCACUGCGGUUUCCGCAACAAUGAACUCCAAAGUGCUGGUACCAUCGCUGAAAAGGGCCACACUGUCACUUGUAAGAUCGAUAACAAGGAGGACUUGAACCGUCAACUUGUCAAGUCUGACUAUGCCUCGGUCAAAUUCUUGGAAUUGGAUUUGGAAAUCCCAUCUAGCAGCAAGCGAGGACUUUUGACUACCGUCGAGGGUAUUCUCUCCAAUGCUAUUGAAGAUUUGGAUGAAAGUCAAGCUGUUCGCAAGCAUGUCGACGAGAACCUCUACAACCAGAUCCAAGCUGUCAUUAACAAAUUGGAGGCCUACAAGGAUGGAAGCGAGCAUUUCACCGUCCGUAUUGAUGAUCCUUCCGGCAACUCAUACAUUGAAAACCUUUGCCUUCCUGCCCAAGACCCCAAGCUCGAAGUUCGCUGGUACCAGAGAACUCCCGAGCAAGACGUCCAGUUAGGACUUCGUGCUCAGGAAGACCUUGAUAACCCUACUGAGGAGAAUGAUGAUGAUGAAGUUCCAGAGGUUAUGUCAUUCCCCUCCAACUGCUCUCACUGUAGCCGUCCCAGUGAAACCAACAUGCACGUCCUUGACAUUCCUCACUUCAAGGAAGUCAUUAUCAUGGCUACUAACUGCCAACACUGUGGAUACAAGAGCAAUGAGGUCAAGGCUGGAGGUGCUAUUUCUCCCUUGGGCAAGCGUAUCACUCUUAACAUGACUGAUGCGGAUGAUCUUUCCCGUGAUAUAUUGAAGUCCGAAACCUGUGGUUUGAGCAUUCCUGAGAUUAAUCUCGAGUUGACUCCUGGUACCCUUGGUGGCCGAUUCACAACUGUUGAAGGAUUGCUUCGUCAAGUCCACGAGGAGCUGGAUCAAAGAGCUCCAUUCUUGCAGGGUGACUCUGCAUCAGAAGAAAGCCGCACACGAUGGAAGACUUUCCUCGACAAGCUGCAGCAAGUUGCCGAUGGCGAACACCUGCCUUGUACUUUGAUCUUGAACGAUCCUUUGUCCAACUCCUAUCUCCAAAACCUCUACGCUCCCGAUGACGAUCCGGAAAUGAUGACUGAGACUUACGAACGUGAUUUCGAAACCAACGAAUCAUUGGGUCUGAACGACAUGAAGCUGGAGAACUAUGAGAAAAAGGAUGAGGAUGAUCACCCAAUGGAGGAAGCAAGCCAGUAAUGCGGUGAUGUAGAGUAUGGUAGAGUAGAGUAGAAUAUAAUCAGUGGUUUACACCAUCGGGUUUUGCGUUAUGUGUACUAUAGUAUUGCGAAGAGGAUUUUAAUGAAUAUGCAAUAGACGAUUAAAGAAAUGGUUCUGAUCCUC